AUGAUAUCUCUAAUACAAAAACGAGUCUUUGAUGUUUCCGCAACUUUGCCACGUGGAGUUACUGUAGUUUUCAACAACGAAAAAGUGAAUAAUGAGGCUGGAUUCGAAGGAUACAUCAAAUCAUUUAUCCCGGAAAAUAAUUCGAUUCUAUUUUUGCAUCCGAAUUCGAGAUGGCAUAUUGGGAUAACGAAAAGAAGAAUGGAAUUGGAAGAUGGAAAUGAAAAUGAGGAGGAUUGUAUAAUGCCUGAAUCUAUGAGUUUUGUCAAUAAUAUUAAUACAGAAAAAGUAAGAAGAUUUAAAGGAACAUUAAAAAAAACAUAAAAAUCAAGAUUUUUUGUAGGGUGGAACACAUGUGGAUCAUGUUUUUGAUAAAAUUAUUCCAAUUUUGAAGAAAGUUAUCGAUGAGAAAAUGGAAAAUUCAGGAUUCCGAGUCAAACCGGCAAAUAUCAAGAAUCAUAUUUCAAUUUUCAUAAAUUCACUCAUCGAAAAUCCAUCUUUCGAAAGUCAAACUAAAGAAACUCUGACAACGAAACCAAAGUUUUUUGGAUCGAGUUUUGAAGUUGAUCAGAAGGUGAGUUAUUUUAUUUUGUUCAAGAAAAAAACUUAAAGAUCUCAUUUUUUCUAGAAAUUGAUAAAUUGGGCGAAUGAAAGUGGAUUAAUUGAAGAAAUUAUGGAAACUGUGAUGAAUUUGAAGAAAAAAACGAAAAAAAGAAGAGUUGGGGGAGAUUUUGAUUUUCGGGAUAUUGUGAAGCUAGAAGAUGCGAUAUUGGCUGGAAAUAAAGAAAAAUCACAAUUGUGCACACUUAUUGUGACUGAAGGUAAAUAUUUAAAAAAUGCAAAUAUUUUGAAAUGGGCCUUUGAAAACUUCUCUAACAAAAUCUGUAUGAUUUCUGAAAUUUUGAGCACGGUAACUCGACUCACAAGAUCAUUCCGGUUCUAGAAAUUUAAUUUUAUAUCGAUUUCAUUUUUGGUUCCGAAAAAAGGGUUCCCUUGUUAAGUUAAUUUUUAAAAAACCAUAUCCAGAUAAUUUUUCCAGGUGAUUCUGCGAAAGCUCUCGCUUUAUCUGGUCUCGAAAUUUUGGGCCGUGAGAAAUUUGGAGUUUUUCCCCUGAAAGGCAAAUUAAUCAAUGUCUCGAAUUUGGAUGAGAAAAAAGCGAGUGAAAAUGAGGAGAUUUCCACACUGAUGCGAAUUAUUGGAUUGAAAUUUGAUGUUCAGAAGUUUGAAGAAAUGAAUUUGAGAUAUGGAAAAUUGAUGAUUCUGGCAGAUCAAGAUGAAGAUGGAUCACAUAUCAAAGGGCUAAUCAUCAAUUUCAUUCACAAAUUCUGGCCAGAUUUGUUGAAAAAUGGAUUUAUUCAAAGUUUUCGAACACCUCUUCUCAAGGCAAAACGAGGAAAAGAAGUGCAUUCUUUUUUCAAUCAUCAAGAAUUUGAAAAUUGGCAAAAUUCUGAGGAAACUUCGGGGAAAUAUGCGAUUAAAUAUUAUAAAGGAUUAGGAACCAGUACUUCGGAAGAAGCUAGACAAUAUUUCAAAGAUUUAGAACAUCAUGUUAUUGAGUUAGUUGGAACAUUUUGAAUUGGACCCGAAAAAUCUGGAAAUCUGGGUUAAAGAAAUUCCAAUUUUCAGCUUCAAAUAUGAAAAUUCGGAAGACGAUUCUGCAAUUCGAAUGGCUUUUGAUCGCGAGAAAAGUGAUGAUAGGAAAGAGUGGAUUAAAAAAUACUCAGAUUCCGAAAAAUCUGAGAAAGAAAUCAAUAAUAAUAAUUUAAUAAGUUAUAAAGAGUUUGUUGAUGAAGAUCUCAUGAAAUUUGGAAUCGUUGAUUUGAGAAGGUAAAAACAUUUUGAAAAUCGCAAAUUCCAAAGUUUUUCUUCAGAUCAAUCCCAUGUCUCAUUGAUGGUUUGAAGCCUUCCCAGCGAAAAAUUCUCUGGACACUUUUAUCAAUGGAAGAAUCGAGAGAAAUGAAAGUGUCUCAAUUAUCCGGAGCUGUUUCGCAUAGUCAAUCAUAUCAUCACGGAGAAGAAUCACUUGUGAGAACAAUUAUUCGAAUGGCACAGAGAUUUUGUGGGAGUUCGAAUUUGAAUUUGUUGGAACCGAUUGGACAAUUUGGAACGAGGCAUGAAAAUGGAAAUGAUGCAGCUUCUGCCAGAUAUAUUUAUACAAAAUUGGCGUGAGUUUUCAAGUUUUGUGAUGAAUUCUGUAGUUCUCAAUUCUGCUCGAAUCUUACAAUUAGUGCAACUUGGUUCACCUGAAUUGAUUACAAAAAAGCUUAUUUUUAAAUUUUAAAUUAAAAAUGCGGAUUUUUAAGAUGAUAAGAAGCUUCUACCAGAUAUGUUUUUUGAGAUUAACAUUAGAAAUCUCUUCUUUUUUGCUAAAUAGAUUACUAACAUGAGCAAUGCAAUGUUUUUUUCAAAAAAUCCCACUCCCUAUUAUUUUUUUCAGUCCACCAACUCGAUUUCUAUUCCCACCAUCUGAUUAUAGUUUAUUAAAUCGAAGAUUUGAAGAUGGCCAACUAGUUGAACCUGAAUAUUUAUGUCCAAUAAUCCCAACUGUUCUUAUAAAUGGUGUCGAAGGAAUUGGAACUGGAUGGAAUACUCGAAUUAUGAAUAGAAAUUUAUUUGAAAUUAUUGAAAUGACACGGAAAAUGAUUGAAGAUUCGGAAAAUUUGAACGAAUUUCAGAAUAUUUUACCAUUCUAUGAGGGUCAUAAUGGAAAGAUUGAGAAACUUUCGACUAAUCGAUUUUUGUCAAGAGGAAUUGCUAGAAUAUGGAAACCUGAGCGGAAAAAUUCAACGAGUUUUGUGCUGGAAAUAUCUGAAUUACCAAUUGGAAUGUGGACUUCGAAAUACAAAGAGAAACUUCAGAAAGUUUUGGAGAAUUUUGAUGUUAUGUGAGUCUAGAAUUCUUUAUCUAGAAUUUCGGAUUGAAUUACAACAUUUUCAGAGAAUUCACUGAACAUCAUACGGAAAAGAAGGCGAAUUUUCGAAUUGUAUUUGAUCGACGUCGAAUAAAAUCAGCUGAACUUUUGAGAAAAACAAAUUCGGAAUUGAUCAAAAUAUUCAAAUUAUCUUCAACAAUGACGGAAAAUUUAGUAUUUUUCAAUAGUUUUGGAAAACUUGAAGAAUUUGAAAAUAUUCGAGGAAUUGCUCUGCAGUUUUUUGAAAUUCGUAAAAAUUUAUACGAAAAACGAAAGGAGAUGUUGGAAAAUCAAUGUUUGGAAAAACUGAAAUAUGCUGAAAAUCAAAUGAGAUUUAUUGAAAUGGUUACAAAUGGAAAUAUUGAUUUGAGAAAAACGAAUCGAUUUGAAUUGGAAGAAAUUAUGAGAAGAAUGAAGUUAGAGAAAGAUCCGAACAAGAAAAAAAGCGAAUUCGGAUAUCUUUUGGAAAUUCCAUUAUAUCGAUUGACGCCAGAAGAAAUGAAUAGAUUAUUCGAAAGAAAAAAUAGGAAAGAAAUUGAAUUGGAUGAAAUAAGGAAUACUAAUUGGAAAAAUAUUUGGAUGAAAGAAUUGGAUCGAUUUGAAAAUUCAGUUGUUAAAUAUAGAAAUGAUUAG